GGGCCGCCUUCCUUGACGAGGGCAGACUGGAGGCACGGGGACGCGCAGACCCCGUCCUGUCUGGGCGGUCUCCGGCCGCUCUCGCAAGCGGCAGGACUGACCCCGCGGCUGCGCGCAGCAACCGCGCUCGGGGAAGGCGGCGGCGGCCCGGCGGGAGGGAUGACUGCUCGCAGCCGUGCUGGGGCCCGCCCCUGCGCCGCAUGCACUGCCCUGCGUGCCGGGGCCCAGGCGCAGAGCCGCACUGCAGACUGGGCUGGACACAGUAGCAGCAAUGCUGCAGGUAAGGUGCAGCUGGGCCACAUCCUCCGACCCUGCUCUGUGCCGGAACACCGGGGCCCAGCGUGGUGGACGCCCCCGUGUCCCUGCUCUAGCUGCCUCUCUCCUAGUGCUGAGCACGGCUGAUAUGCCAUGGGGUGUCCCAGGGGCUGGCCGGGGGCUGCCCUUGCCCUCCUGCUGCUACUGCUGCUCAGCCGCCUGGUGCUCUGCUUGGCAGCACUGGGGGAACUGGACCCCACCACUGACGGGCAGCCGCGAGCAGUGUGCACACUGCAGCACGGGGAGAGUCAUGUCUUCAGCUGCUGGGUUCCCCGGCCAGUCCGCGGUGCCACACUGGCCUGGUACCUCAACGAUCAGAAACAGGAAGUCAACCUCUCGACUGCGGACGCUGCCAGAAUCCUCACCCUCACCGGCCAGCACUCCGACCACCAGCUCAACUGUUCCCUGACCAACCUGACCUCCACUGAGACCUACAACACCUCCAUCCUCCUCAAUGUACAGUAUAAGCCAGAGAUCCUGCAGAAAGGUGCCCGCUACCAGGAGGUCAAGGGCUCUGGCCUUCUCCUGGUGCUCUUUGUGCUGGUGCAAGCCAACCCACCCGCCAGCAUCACCUGGAUGGACCAGGAUGGGCAUGUGAUGGCCAAUGCCUCCAAGUUUCUCCUCCUCGGUGCCACAAGCUACCCAGGGCUGGCAAACCGCUUGCUUCACAUCCAUCUCAGCUGCACAGCUGGAAACCUCUCCGUCAGUGCAGCCAAGAGUGUGGGCAUCACUACCACCUCCCUCCUGCCCACAGGUCUGCUGGAUGCCCGUGUGGAGCUGCCUGUCCUGGGUGUUGCCAUUGGAGCAGCCCUGGCCCUAGCCGCCCUGCUCAGCCUGGGAUCCUGUGCUGCCUGCCUGGCAUGCCGCUUGCCCAAGCUGGUGCAAGGUCCAGGGCAAGCAGAGGGGAACAGCCCACCCAGCCAAUGCUCCCAUUGCAACAGCUCUGAGUUCCCGCAGCCCCAGGGCACACGUCUGCCCCGCCAGACCCGGUCCCUGCCACCCAACCUGCGCCUCGGUGACCUUGCACAGGAAGAUGGAGCUUCCCCCAAGGAUGCAGGAGCUGGUGCUGGGGGAGAAGAGAGUGCUCUGCUGGGUCUGGAGAACUCCCUGGUCCUCAGCAAGCUUGGUUUUGUCCAGCUCCCAAUGUCCGGGCGCAUCUACAAAGUGCCCAGCAUGAGCAGUGAUGAGAUCUGGCUGUGAGCUGCAGCGUGGUGCCUGUGAGCCAGGGCUGCCCGGCACCAGGUACGUACCAGCCCCCAGAGCCACGCAGCCGAGGGUGCCAGGAAGGCUGUGAUCGAAGUGGGAGUUGGCCAGCCCCAGCUCUGUGCUAUGCUAUGUGAUGCAGGGUUUGGGAGCUGUGCUGUCAGCCAAGGCACGGUUUUAUGUAGUCCACAAAUUUUACCAAUAUUCUAUUAUAAUCAAAAUGCAUCAAAGCUGUUUAUAGCCAGGCACUAGUACUGUGAUUCCUCCCGGGGUAAAGCCAAGCACCAGCUUUGCUUUAGCAGGUUUGCGACUCGCUUGCUGCAUGAUCCUCUCUGUCCCUGUCCCUGCUGCUGUGGCAGACAGGUGGGAGCUCAGCAGAGCAGAGCCGUCCCAACAGCAAUAAACUAAAUUCAAGCA